AUGGCGGUGGUGGAGUGCACGAGCGACACGUGCCAGAAGUUCGCCGCGCAGAACUGCAGCGCGGACGUCUCCCGUGAAGUGAGGAUAGAAGGUCUGGAGACCCGUGAUUAUCUUGACAACCUUAGCCAGCAGGAACGUUUUACCAAACAGGAAGAUGUUAUAACAUUUGAAUCAGAGGUUGAUGGAGUCUAUGUUGGCUGCCCAGGCCUAAUAGCUGUUAUUGACCAUGAAAAGAAACGCACAUUCAUUGUCCGAAAAGAAGGCCUUCCUGAUAUUGUUGUGUGGAAGUGGAACCCCUGGGAGAAGAAGUCCAAGACGAUGACAGACUUUGGCGACGACGAGUACAAGCAGAUGCUGUGCGUGGAUGUGGCGGCAGUCGAGAGGGUCAUAUUCAGCCGGCGAGGAGUGGACGGGGAAGCUGGAGCUCUCCGCCGUGGCGUCGACCAACUGCAGCGACCACUUGGAUCACCCGGCAGGCUGUAG